AAUAUUGUGCUGGAUAGGCUGCUUUGUGGGUGUCGGGGUGGCGCUUAUAUAGCAGCCCAGUCCUGUCCUUGAAACAGUUGACAUGAUGAAGGGACACUCUGAAAGAUGUUCAGAUCUAAGUACCUUCUGGGACGGAAGAAAAUGUGUCGCGUGCAACGUUGAGCCAGGACAUGAGGUUUCUCCUAACUGUGGCCGCGAUGAUGAUGGUUCGUUCCACGAAAAGGCUUUCAAACCCUGCCGGGAAAACACUUUCAACGAGGGCAACAGCGCAAGUUGCACGCGCUGUUCUGACUGUCCGCCUAGAAGCACCCUUCUGAAAAGCUGCACUUCAACAACCGACACCGUCUGUGAGCCUCAAAGAAACGAAACGUCAACUUCUCCCACAAGCCAGUCAUACACAGAGCCGUUCCCACAGCCACCGCAAGAGAGCAACUUACACUCUGCUGCAAUAUUGGCUAUUUUAGCCGUCUUUGUUACAGCCACCCUGCUAACCUUGUCUGCUUUCAUGAUCACCAGGAAACGGAAAAAAGGUCAGCAGAAAAUGUGCUGGGAGAAAGGACUGGUCUAUGAAAAUAAAGACUUCUCCUUAUCUAACAAACUAAUUGAUCUGGAGGACGUUCUCAAUACCAACGUCCACUCAGCACAUUUACAGACCGUUCUGGACAAUCUGGAUGUUUUGGAAGAGUUGGUGAUUUUGUUGGAUCCAGAAACUCUGGGAAUAAAAAACACAAAACAUCUUGCAUCCCUCUGCUCCUUCCCUGCCACCUGGAUCACCUAUGCCUACUCUAUGAAGGAAAGUAAAAGCCCCCUGAAAGCUGUGCUGGAAGGGGUCACCAGCAGGCAUCCUGACUGGACAGUGGGCCACCUGGCUAAGCUGCUCCAGCAAAUGGAACGCAAUGACGCCAUUGCUGUUCUGGCCAAGCUCACACCCAGUCCACACAUGUGUGUGUAGACUGCUUCUCAUAUAUAUUUAUACCUUGUUAAUUUCCACACCAUUUGGCUUUAUAAUACAAAGGCAUUUGCUUCCACAUUUUUUCUUAUUCAUUGGAGAAUGUUGUGUCACUGAUUGACAUGUAAAAAAUCAACUUUGAAAACAAAGCUGAGCUAAAAGAAUUUUCCAGCCUGUUUAAUAAUCAAAAAUGAAAAUCUCUUUAGCCUUCACCAUCAACAUUUGUUACUUAGAAAAUCAGCCAAACUAGUUUGACAUUUAUGUACAUUUAUACUGAGCUGAUCCUGGUAUCCUUUUAUUUUUUUACAGUUAAAUAUUCUCUAAAGGUAUACACAUAUAUGUUCAUAUGAAGAUAUUAUUGUUGAUAGUCUGACCUUUCAAUUGCUAUAUUUCCUAUAUCUGAAAACAAACAUAUACUGACUGAUAUUAGUCAUAAGAAAUCAGCUGUUAUUUUUUGUACGAGAUGAUAAGUGUCUCAUUUUCUUAUUGCAUUAAAAUGUAUUUGAUUAUCACAUUUAAUAACUUAGUGGGUUUCAAUAGCAAGUACUGGAAAUAUUAGGCUUAAAAAACAAUUUGUGUAUCAUUAUUGUAUUGUAGCUAAAAUGUUUUUACAUUUGAAAAUUUACUGCACAAUGUUAUGGUAAAAGCUCUUACCACAAACACAUCACAGCAAUGGAGGACAUCAAGGCCGUUUUACCUGUCUGUGGCUUUUUGUCAGACUAGAUGAGAGGCAGAGAAGACUGUGGGUGGUGAAACUGGAAAAGUAGAGUUUGAUGAGUUCUUGUGAAGAAAUCACCCACACAAAUCAUCCAGUGAUGUCACUUCCUGGCCAAAGGGUGCCCUGCUGUCUGUAGAUGUAGCAUUUUCAUUGUGCUACAUCUAUGGUUUUAACCAUAUGAUCAGUAUUAAUAUUAUUAUAGCCCCAAGUUUUGAAGUUGUUUUUGUGACUUGUACUCUAUAUACUUAAUAGAUGUCUGCACAGAGUUUUUUAAUGUAGCUUUUUGCUAGUUUUUAAUCUUUUUGUUUUAUGAUUUAGAUGUUUACACACCCUGUUAACCAUAUGUUAAUCUUUUAUUUUGUAAAGCACGUUGAAUGGGUUUUGUAUGAAAUGAAAUGUGCUACACAAAUAAACUCUCCUUGUCUAAAAAGUAAGACUGAUGGCA